AUGCCCCGUGGAACGCUUCCUGUCGAUCACAACAUGAGCUGCAUUUCAGCUACCCCUAUCGACAUCGCUCUGCCAAACGAGACGCUCGCGGCCAUCUUCGAGCAACUCACACCUUCGACUCUCGCGAAUAUCUCGUUCGUUUCCACGCAGUUUAGAGCUGUGGCAGAACGUCUGCUCUACGCAAAUAUAAAUGUGGCCGAUAUCCUCACUUCGACCUCGCCUUCACCCCGCAGAUCGUUCCGAUGUUGUCAUUCCAUCUUGCAGCGGCCACAUCUCGCUGAAACGGUUAAAAAAUUCCAUCUGCGCUGGCAAAUACACCCCAACGAGCCAUUCGACUCCGAGCUCCUUGAGCUAGCCUUGCCUCUUUUGCGCGACGCGCUGCGGACUCUGACGCAAUUAGAGUCUUUGGAACUGUAUCUGGGGCCAAUAAAUUUGAGGGCGUCCCAGGCCUAUCCUGGACCGUCUAUGCAUCCCAUCGAACGGGUGGUUGAUGGCCUCCAUUUCCCAUCUCUCCGUAACUGUUCGCUAGGUGCUGAGUGGGCCAAGGGUGUCCAACCAUAUGGCGACAUCCUGGCUGCCUUUCUCAUCUCACUCCCCAUAUUACGACACUUGCGGUUAUCCGAUCAUCAUGGGGUACUUCAUCUUCCUCCCGAGGCUUUGCCUUCGCUAUCUUCAUUCCGCGGAUCACCCGACAGCGCGGCAUACUUACUUCCCGGUCGUCCUGUCCAUACAUUGUCACUCGUAGGACAAGAUUCUGAUGUUAACCGCACGAAUCUUCCGAGGCUGACACACACGACCGUGCCUUUACGCAGCUUGGACUUGUCAGCAAUGUCAGUCAGGCCCAUACUCCUGCAAAACAUCGCCUCGUUCAUACCCACGAUCGAGGUCCUUAAGGUGCGGCUUGCCUUGCGGCACACGCUCCAUUACGCAAUGUCAGGGAUUCGAAUAUUAGCGGGGUUAUCGUCGGUGUUGAAUGCGUUCACAAGGCUCGUGCAUCUCGAUUUGUCCCCAACCUUCGUUGAUACCCUCAGUCACAAUCACUUGGCCGAGGAAGCGGCACUUUGCACGGAAUGGAGUAGGGCAUGUGGUUCACUACGUCAGAUAAGCUUUCCAUCUAAGAAUGACUGGGUCUUAAAUUCCUCUGGUCAAUGGGGACUCGUGGGCGAGGCUCAUCAGUAA